UCGCGCAUCGUCCCCGAACCCACUGGAGGCAGAACUUUAGGGGACAACUUUUACCCAGUUUGCUCCCGCUUUUUGCCAAACCCUAAAAUGAAAGGACAAAAGUUGGCGCUGACUCUUGCAGCUCGGAUGGCGACUUGUGCGUUUUCAGCGGCAUCUCCCGGAGAAAAACCCAUGCGCGCCUGAUUGUUCUGUGGCCCCCAAGCUGCAGUGCGUGUGGGUGUGUGUGUGUUUGGGUGUGUGUCUGUGUGUGUACACAGACGUCCACACACUCACUCGCGGCCGCAGGAUCAGCGCCUGGAAGCAGACGUUUCGGCCACAGACUUGGAGAGGAGGAGCUGGAGAUCAGCAGGCGUGAGCCGCCGGGAGUCUGCAGAAUCCGUGGUGUGAAUGAACUGGGGGCACCUGGGCGCACGGAUCGCCUCCCCCACCCCCCGCCCCGGGCCAGAGUUGAGUUGUGGGGCAUUUUUUUCACCCUCUUGUGAAGAAUUUUUUUUUUAUUUGUUGUAAAGUCUUUUGCACAAUCACGCCCACAUUUGGGGUUGGAAAGCCCUAAUUACCGCCGUCGCUGAUGGACGUUGGAGAGGGAGCGCCUCGCCGCGGAACAGUCGCCUGCGCGCCCUCGCCGGACCCGCGGCUCCCUUGUUGCGCGCCGGCCGGGCCCUGUUCCUGCUGCCGGCAGGCGGACUUCGGCGCCCCUCCGUUCACGGACGCAUCCCAGCGCUGCUCCGGCUCGGGCACCCAGACUCGGACGCCAGUGACCGCUUGGGCUCCAAUUCCCUGAGCCUGCCCGACGCGUCCUGGAGGAGCACGCAGCUCUGCGCCGGAUCGUCCCUCCAGGCUUAACCCGGCCGCUCCGCUCAGAUUCUUCGGCUGCCCUCGCUCUUGCGGUGACUUCCUCCCCGCGCCCCCUCCCCCUAGCAAUGAAGAAGUCGAUUGGAAUAUUAAGCCCAGGAGUUGCUUUGGGGACGGCUGGAAGGGCAAUGUCUUCCAAGUUCUUCCUAAUGGCUUUGGCCAUAUUUAUCUCCUUCGCCCAGGUCGUAAUAGAAGGCAAUUCUUGGUGGUCGCUAGGUAUGAAUAACCCUGUUCAGAUGUCAGAAGUAUAUAUCAUAGGAGCACAGCCUCUGUGCAGCCAACUGGCAGGACUUUCUCAAGGACAGAAGAAACUAUGCCACUUGUAUCAGGACCACAUGCAGUACAUCGGAGAGGGCGCGAAGACAGGCAUCAAAGAAUGCCAGUAUCAGUUCCGACACCGGAGGUGGAACUGCAGCACCGUGGAUAACACCUCCGUCUUCGGCAGGGUCAUGCAGAUAGGCAGCCGCGAGACGGCCUUCACGUACGCGGUGAGCGCCGCGGGGGUGGUGAACGCCAUGAGCCGCGCCUGCCGCGAGGGCGAGCUGUCCACCUGCGGCUGCAGCCGCGCCGCGCGCCCCAAGGACCUGCCACGGGACUGGCUGUGGGGCGGCUGCGGCGACAACAUCGACUACGGCUACCGCUUCGCCAAGGAGUUCGUGGACGCGCGCGAGCGGGAGCGCAUCCACGCCAAGGGCUCGUACGAGAGCGCGCGCAUCCUCAUGAACCUGCACAACAACGAGGCCGGCCGCAGGACGGUGUACAACCUGGCGGACGUGGCCUGCAAGUGCCACGGGGUGUCAGGCUCGUGCAGCCUCAAGACGUGCUGGCUGCAGUUGGCCGAUUUCCGCAAGGUGGGCGACGCCCUGAAGGAGAAGUACGACAGCGCAGCGGCCAUGAGGCUCAACAGCCGGGGCAAGCUGGUGCAGGUCAACAGCCGCUUCAGCUCGCCCACCACGCAGGACCUGGUCUACAUCGACCCCAGCCCCGACUACUGCGCGCGCAACGAGAGCACCGGCUCGCUGGGCACACAGGGCCGCCUGUGCAACAAGACGUCCGAGGGCAUGGACGGCUGCGAGCUCAUGUGCUGCGGCCGCGGCUACGACCAGUUUAAGACGGUGCAGACCGAGCGCUGCCACUGCAAGUUCCACUGGUGCUGCUACGUCAAGUGCAAGAAGUGCACGGAGAUCGUGGACCAGUUCGUGUGCAAGUAGUGGGCAUUCCGCCUGCCCGCCUGUCACCCAGCCCCACUCCCAGGACCCACUUAUUUAUAGAAAGUACAGUGAUUCUGUUGUUGUUGUUGUCUUUAAUACUGUUUUAUUUUUUGUCCCCAAGAAUUGCAACCGGAACCAUUUUUUUUUCUGUUCCCAUCUGAGAACUCUGUGGUUUAUUAUUAAUAUUAUAACUAUUAUU